GAGGGAGCCCCUGACCUGGACCCUGUGAGACCUCUUGAGGACAGCUGGCUCCUUGGUCAGGUUCCUGUGGAGAGAGGCAGAAGCAGCUGGUUCCCAGAUCUUCUAGUCCUCAUGGACGCCAUGUUGGGAGCCAGGGUCCAGACCCAGCAGAACAAGAGGACUAGACACCACAGCCAUGAGACCAGCCUGUGGUCCUCAGGUUUUGGGAUGAAGCUGGAGCCUAUCACCCCAUUCCUGGGGAAGUAUCGUCCCUUUGUGGGUCGCUGUUGCCAGACCUGUACCCCUAAGAGCUGGGAGUCCCUCUUCCACAGAAGCAUAACAGACCUAGGCUUCUGUGAUGUGAUCUUGGUGAAGGAGGAGAACACCAGGUUUCGGGGCUGGCUGGUUCGGAGGCUCUGCUAUUUCCUGUGGUCGAUGGAACAGCAUAUACCCCCCUGCCGGGAUGCCCCGCAGAAGAUCAUGGAAAGCUCUGGGGUGCAGAGGAUCAUCUCAGGGAGGGCCCCGGGAGGGGCUGGGGAAGGUCAGGUGCCAGGUCUUGUGAAGAAGGAGGUACAGCGCAUCCUGGACCACAUCCAGGCUCCACCCCGCCCCUUGCUUCUCAGGCUGUUCAGCUGGGUGCUGCUGCGGCUCCUGAACUGCCUCUUCUUGAACGUGCAGCUCCACAAGGGUCACAUGAAGAUGGUUCACAAGGCCGCCCAGGCGGGCUCGCCGCUGGUCCUCCUCUCCACCCACAAGUCUCUGCUGGACGGGAUCCUGCUGCCCUUUGUACUGUUCACCCAGGGCCUGGGCGUGCUUCGAGUGGCUUGGAACCCCCACACCUGCUCCCCUGCCCUCAGAGCUCUGCUGAGGAAGCUAGGGGCGCUCUUCCUGCCUCCGGAGGCCAGCCUCUCCCUGGACAGCUCCGAGGGGGUCCUUGCUAGGGCUGUGGUGCAGGCGGCCAUAGAGCAGCUGCUGGUCGGCAGGCAGCCCCUGCUCAUCUUCCUGGAGGAGCCCCCUGGGAUCCGGGGGCCGCGGCUGUCAGCCCUAGGCCAGGCCUGGCUGGGAGCAGUGGUGCAGGCGGUCCAGGCGGGCAUCGUCCCGGAUGCUGUGCUGGUACCAGUGGCUGUCACCUACGACCUGGCUCCAGACGCUCUGCCUGACGUACACCACGCUUCGACCCCACUGGGGCUGUGGACAGGGGCCCUGGCCGUCCUGCGGAGCCUGCGCAGCUGUUGGGGACGCAGCCACCGGGCCUGUGUCCGUGUGCACCUGGCCCAGCCCUUCUCCCUGCAGGAGUACACCGUCAACGCCAGAAGCUGCUGGGGCAGCAGGCAGACCCUGGAGCAGCUGCUGCAGCCCCUUGUGCUGGGCCAGUGGACCGUUGUCCCAGACACUGAGAAGGAGCAGGAGUGGACCCCAGUGACCGGGCCCCUCCUGGCUCUUAAGGAAGAGGACCAGCUCCUGGUCAGGAGACUGAGCCGUCAUGUCCUGAACGCCAGCGUGGCAAGCUCGGCGGUGAUGAGCACAGCCAUCAUGGCAGCGCUGCUGCUGUUCAAGCACCAGAAGGGUGUGUUCCUGUCGCGGCUGCUGGGGGAGUUUUCGUGGCUGACAGAGGAGACCCUGCUGCGCGGCUUUGACGUGGGCUUCUCGGGGCAGCUCCGGUGCCUCGUGCGGCACACGCUGGGUCUGCUGCAGGCACACGUGGCACUGCUGCGCGUCCACCAGGGGGACCUGGUGGUGGUGCCGCGGCCUGGCCCGGGCCUCACGCACCUAGCGCGCCUGAGCGCUGAGCUGCUGCCCGCCUUCCUGAGCGAGGCCGUGGGCGCCUGUGCUGUGCGGGGGCUGCUGGCAGGCAGAGUGCCGCCUGAGGGGCGCUGGGAGCUGCAGGGCGUGGAGCUGCUCAGCCAGCGCGAACUGCACCGCCAGGUCCUGCUGCUGCUGCACCUGCUGCCUCAGGACCUGCUGCUCCUGCAGCCCUGCCGGUCUUCCUACUGCUACUGUCAGGAGGUGCUGGACCGGCUAAUCCAGUGCGGGCUGCUGGUUGCCGAGGAGAGCCCAGGCUCCCGGCCGGCCUGUGACACGGGGCGCCGUGUGAGUGCAAAGCUGCUGUGGAAGCCGAGUGGGGACUUCACUGACAGUGACAGUGACGACUUCGAGGAGGCCGAGGGCCGGUACUUCCGGCUCAGCCAGCAGUCUCGUUGCCCUGACUUCCUCCUCUUCCUCUGCCGCCUGCUCAGCCCGCUGCUCCAGGCCUUCGCACAAGCUGCCGCCUUCCUCUGCCAGGGGCAGCUGCCGGAUACAGAGGUGGGCUACACGGAGCAGCUGUUCCAGUUCUUGCAGGCCACUGCCCAAGAGGAAGGGUUCUUCGAGUGUGUGGACCCAAAACUUACCACUAGUGCUAUCUGGACCUUCAGAGACUUGGGGGUGCUGCAGCAGACGCCAGGCCCUGCAGGCCCCAUGCUCCAGCUGUCACCGACAUUUGCCAGCCGGGACAGUCAGGAAAAGCUGGAACAGUUCAUCCGGCAGUUCAUCUGUAGCUAGAACUGGGGGCAGUGCCCAUGCUGAGAACAUGGCCGCAUCCACAGCAGAACUUGGCAGAUACUUAGCUGGA